AUGAAGGUCUAUCUUUGCGAGGAGCCUCGAACCAUUGCUGUGGUUUCAGACACACAUGCGCUUACGUUCCGUCAACCGGAGCAAUCUCCAGAUUCUACAGCUUCGGCGCCAGUUUCGUUGGAGAUUGAACCCAACUCACACAUUUCUGCUUCUCAGAAGUACAAGUUGCUUAUAAACAGAGAGAUACAUGGAUGCUUGGGACUCAUCAAUGUCGCCAAUCUGACGUAUUUGGCUGUCAUUACCGGUGCCAUGACGGACGUGGCAUUUCCAGUGGCAUACGAGUCCAUCAAUAAAAUCUUCGCUGUGGAAUUUAUCUCUUUGACCUCCAACGACUGGGACUACGUUAAUUUGGAUUCAAACGGCAUGCCGGUAGAAACAAGUGCGGAUCCAGAGGACUUUGACCCCAAUCUUCCUCGAGCUCCGCAUCCAUGCUUCGAGUUGAAGAAGUUGCUCUCGAAUGGAUCAUUCUACUUCUCCAACGACUUUGAUUUGACAUCUCUAUUGCAGAACAGAGGCAUUGACAAAGCCAAAUUGGGUGAAGGCUCUGUCUCAGACGAUGUGCCUCAUAUCAACUUACAGCAUUACCAGGAACAAUACAUGUGGAACUCUUACCUAAUGGAGGAGUUGAUCAAAUUCAGAAGCACCUUGGAUCCAUUUGCAGUGGAUACUUUGAACAAAAACAGAUUCAUGACUACUGUUAUUCGAGGAUUUGCCAAGUCUAUGAGCUUAGGCUCUAGAGGCGACACCAUCACUAUUGUGUCAAAGCAGUCAUGGAAACGAGCAGGAACAAGAUUCAAUGCUCGAGGAAUAGACGACGAUGGCAAUGUGGCUAAUUUCGUCGAGACAGAGUUCAUAUACAACAAUAUCUCGAUGCAGCAAGUGUUCUCAUUCACACAGAUUCGUGGAUCUGUUCCCGCAUUUUGGGAACAGGACUCUGCUUUAAUUAACCCAAAGAUCACCAUCACCAGAUCACAAGGAGCUACACAAGCAUCUUUUGACAAGCAUUUUGACGAGAUUUGUCAGAGGUACGGUGUGUGUCAUAUUGUAAAUCUUCUCUCCAAGACGAAAACUCAAGAAGUUGAGGUUCUGCGCAGAUACGAAGAUUUACUUUCCCACUCUGAUCAUAAGGACGGAGUUUCUUAUAGUGCCUUCGACUUCCACGCUGAAACAAAGCAGCUGAGUGGUGGUUUCGCAGGAGCUUCGAAAAUUUUGCCUCAGCUUUACGAUUCUUUAGAGACAUUUGGAUGGUUCAACUUUGAUGUCGAACAAAACGAGGUAGUCACAAGACAAGAUGGUGUGUUCCGAGUUAAUUGUCUUGAUUGCUUGGACAGAACCAAUUUGAUUGAGCAGGUGAUCUGCCAAUGUGUUAUGGAGCAUAUUAUCAAGAACCAAUCGUUGACUCAUAGUAAUCUGCCAAGAGACCGGUUCAGACUGGAGGAAAUCCUCUCUAGGCACAACACCUUGUGGGCGGACAAUGGAGAUGCUAUCUCACAAAUUUACACUGGUACGAAUGCAUUGAAGUCUUCUUUCUCUAGAUCGGGAAAGAUGAACCUCGCCGGAGCACUCUCCGAUGUCACGAAGUCGGUUUCUCGUAUGUAUCAGAAUACCUUUGUUGACCUGAAGAAGCAAUCAACGAUUGAUUUGUUACUAGGUAAAUCGGGCCGUUUAUCCGUUCCUGUGAAGAUCUAUGACCCUAGUAAUGAGUAUGUUACUGAACAGCUCAGAAGGGUCGAAAGUGAGUAUACUACGCGAAAGGAGAUUUCAAUCUUUGUUGGAACUUUCAAUGUUAAUGCAGCAACACCAGGACCUCACAUCGAUCUUGUGAACUUUCUAUUUCCUCCAGAGAAUUCCACUCAUGGUUGUGCUGAUAUCUAUGCUAUUGGAUUGCAAGAGUUGAUCGAGUUGAACGCGGGAUCUAUUCUUGCAUCAGAUACUUCCAAACCAGGACAAUGGGCCGCCUUGCUAGAAAGGCAGCUCAAUUCUCAGCAAGAAAAAUACUUGCUUCUCCGGACAGAAGCUAUUGCCUCAAUGGCUGUUUUCUUUUUUGUCAAGAGCUCACAGAUCGACAAGGUAACCCAAGUGGCUGGAUCCUCCAAGAAAACUGGAUUGGGUGGAAUUACUGCCAACAAGGGAGCAUGUGCUGUUCGUUUUGAUUUUGGGUCGACGACUUUUGCAUUCAUUACUUCACAUUUGGCUGCUGGAGUCAACGCUACUGUUGAGAGACACAACGACUACACAUCGAUCAUGCAAGGUUUAACUUUCCCUCGCAGCUACACCAUAAGUGACCACGAUCAUAUCAUUUGGUUUGGUGAUUUGAACUAUCGAAUCAAUAUUCCCAACGACCAAUGCAGAAGCUUGGUAGAAAGCGGAGCAUUUGAUGAGUUGAUAGAGGUGGACCAGUUAAAGAAUGAAAUGCGCCUGAAGGGUGGUUCAUUCUACGGGUUCAAAGAAAAUCCGGUCAAGUUCUAUCCGACGUACAAAUUUGACAAAGGAACUUCGGAUUACGAUACGUCCGAAAAGCAGAGAGUGCCAUCGUGGACUGAUCGAGUACUUUACCGAUCGCUGGACCCCAAGAGUUUGCAUCAGCUCAACUACAAUGCAGUGAUGGACAUUUUUGUGAGUGAUCACAAGCCAGUCUAUGCUACCUUUAAGAGCAAAGUAAAAUUUGUGGACGAGAAGAAAAAGUUUGCUUUAGCGGGACGAUUUUACAGAACUUAUAAAGCAGAAAACGGGGAGUCGACCAGCUUGAUUGACUUCAAUAAUGGAAGUGAUACUUCAGGAUCGGUAACCUCACCAGGAUCAUCCUUUAGCUCCGAAGCUUUAUCAGAAUUGAAUCUUCUCGACGAACCUUCCCCUAGACUUCCGCCCCGUCGCUCAACUGUUUCCACAGUAAACACUACUCCUAGACGAGUGCCACCUCCGCCAAUGAGUCGGAAGACGUUUACUUCAAGCAACAGUUCUAGUGGAAACAUUUCCAGCCAAUCCAAUGGAGCUAAACUCCCACGACAGCUUCCCCCAGUUCCUGUACAAUUUCAGAAUCAAUCCUUGGAGUUGAGCUCAAGUCAGAGCCUGGCGACUUCUGUUACACCACCUCCUCCACCACCAUCUCGAAAGAUUCCUGGACACAACUUUGCAUUCAACUCUGCGCCUUUGGUUCCAAGCAAUUCCUCAACUCCAAGAAAUUCGUCACCUGUUGGAGAAUCAAAACCACAUUCAUCUCCGUUGAAGCCACUUAAGCCUGCUAAACCACUGGCUCUUACAGCAGCCAAAUGGGACAUGCCGGCUACUUCAGCUCCAAGACCGGCGUCGGCGGAGCCAGAGGCUUCGUCCAGACCUACCCCUCCACCAUCACGUACAGCUUCGACCACUCCAAAGGAUACACCUGGAAGAGCCAUGGCAGAAUGGAAACCGCUUGUUCCACAAUAA